CACAAUCCUCCCAGCAUGAUCUGGUUUCCGGCAUCCGAGGUCCUGAGCUCGCCGCUGCUCAAGGUACCCUUGGUGCUGUCCUGCGUAGCCAUCACCACUCGGGCACAGACGCCGCCAAACCCGCCUCCCGCAUCGGAGGAGCUGGCCAAGUACGAGGGAAAGAGAGAAACUCUGAGCACCGUAGGGAGCGUCCAAAUCGCUGCGUACAUGUACAAGGCGACAUACUGGCUGUGCGCCCUCGGCGAGUCCACAGUCGUCCUCGCCGAACACUUCCCCUCGUCCAUCUCGCCCGCCGCGCUCUCGCUCUUCGUGCCCAAAGCGUCGUACGCGCCGGGCUCCGUGCGCAUCACGCCGCUCUGGCUCGCCGGCUGCGCGCUCAUGUGCGGAGGCGCCGCGAUCCGCCUGUGGUGCUACCGCACGCUCGGCCGGUUCUUCACCUGGGAGCUCACCGUCAAGAAGGGGCACGUCCUCAUCACGCACGGGCCGUACGCCGCCGUGCGCCACCCGAGCUACGUCGGCAGCGUGAUGAUCGGCGUCGGCGUCGUCCUGUGCUACCUCAGCCCCGGCGCCUGGUAUCGCGAGUGCGUCGGGUGGGACACGCUCGUGGGCAAGGUCGUCACCGGUCUGUGGGCGGCGUGGACGCUCUCGGUCCCUGCCAUGCUCGUCUCGCGCGUGAAUAAGGAGGACGCGGUCAUGAGAAGAGAGUUCGGAGAGGAAUGGAAUGCGUACGCGAGGAGGACCCCUUACAGACUGCUGCCUUUCAUCUACUAAUAGCGGUAGCGAGCACUGGGGACACCAUGCCAAUUUGGGCGAGGUGCACAAAGUAAUAUGUGUGGUAGUAGUAGUGCAUGACGACACAGCAAUGCUAUAUGGC